AUUGCCGUUUAUAAAUAUAUACAUAUAAUAAAAUAGUUUUUUUUUCUUGUCGUCAUUAGUGAGUCACUGUGUUGUUUUUCUAAUUCAGUGUUCGAUAAUAAUCCAUCAGACUUGUAUCUGUGUACUUGUACUUGGUUGCUAUUUGUGUACAGUGUCAAAAGUGUUAAUUAUAUAUUAUAUUAUAAUAAUACGAUCGGUGUGCAUUUUAUUUAGUGUUGUCGUGUGUGUGUCAGUUGGAUUUGUACAAAACGAAUUUUUGAUAAGUACAGUUCACAAUGAGUACGUGGCAACAAACACAAACACCUUAUGGAACAGGUUCAGCACCGCCACCUCCAGGAUUUUAUCCACAAGCAGCUCCAUAUCCUAAAGCAGAUGGUGGAUACGUACCUAGCGGUGGAUAUGCACCUAGCGGUGGAUAUGGUGGAUAUCCGCCCCAAUACGGCGAAGCUUACGGAACACCAAACGUACCACAAAACAACAGUUACAAUGCGCCGGAUAAUUUUGGAUUCAGUGACAAGACAAUCCGUAGACAUUUCAUUAGCAAAGUGUACAGCAUACUUAUGUGUCAACUACUGAUAACGUUGGUUUUUGUCGCUUUUUCGACUCUCCACGAACCCACAAAAACCUACGUGAAAACGCAUCCGGGUCUUAGUUUGAUAGCGAUCGUAAUCACGUUUGGUACGCUGAUCGCGCUAGCCUGCUGUGAAGAUUUACGUCGAAAAACUCCAACAAACUUUAUCUUAUUGUUUGUAUUCACCGUGGCCGAAUCGUUUUUGGUGGCCGUGUCCGUAACUCGUUUUUACCCGCAAGAAGUGUUGUUGGCGCUCGGAAUAACUACAUUGCUAUGCUUUGCGCUCACGGUCUUUGCGCUGCAGACGAAAAUCGAUUUCACCGUCAUGGGAGGUUUUCUGAUGGUGGCCGCUAUUAUAUUACUCAUCGUCAGUCUCGUGGCCAUGUUCUGGCCGAGCAAAUUGAUGACGACCAUAAUCGCUUCGGCCGGCGCGUUGAUUUUCUCGGUGUAUUUGAUAUACGACACGCAGCUGAUGGUCGGCGGCGACCACAAGUAUUCGUUGUCGCCAGAAGAGUAUAUUUUCGCAGCGUUGAACAUUUACGUGGACAUUAUCAAUAUUUUCUUGUACAUCCUCACCAUAAUAGGCGCGUCGAGUGAUGACUAAAACUUCUCCUACAAAAAUACUUACACAGUACCUCAAAAAAAAAAAAAAAAACAUUUACAAAAUAAAUACUUUCCGCGCAAUACUCCUUUAUGUUUUUUUGGUUUCAGCAUAAACAUUGAAAUUUAGCGUACGACAAUAUUAUGGCAAAGUCUGCAGAAAAAUUCUGUUCUAACUAUUUAUUGGCUAAGCGAGUACCAUUUUCAAAUAUAUUUUUAAACGAAAUUGCAGCUAAGAUUGUUAAUUUGUUUUUAUCUAUAUAUAUAUAAUAUAUUUGAAGUUAUUAUUUAAAUAUAAUCGAGUGGUAUACGUAAUAUCUCGAGUUAACUGAUUAAAAAUAACGCUUUUACAAAUGUGAAGUACCUACCUAUUUUACGCAACUAAUAUACCUGGCCUUUUUUUCCUCCGCACAAGUUGCGGUUUUAUACUUACUAUAAAUUUCUUAUUUUUCAUACUUUAUCACAUUUAUCGUUCAUACUACGAGAAAUAUAAAGCGCUGAAACAAAGCAUACAUUUAUAAACAAUUUAAUAAUUGUUAUUACUGCAAGCUAUACCUCUAUUUAUAAAUGAAGUAAACAACCUUAUAUUAUUCAUUUAAAAUACACAGUUGUUACCCUCGUAUGCCAAAAAAAAAAAAAGUUUUUUUGUUCAACAAAAAAUCAGCAUUUGUAAUUACGUGUUAGUUUAAUUAUUUAUUUUGUAACUCUUCUACUUGUAUUAUUCUAUUCGGGUAACAUCGAAAGGUUCAUUUUAUUUUUUCAUUUUGUUAUUAUCAACAACGAGAAUGUAAUACCCAAGUUUUAUUAACGAUAAGUGUUGGAAAAAUAAAUUAAACGCUUAUAUUUUUGUAGAUAGUUUUUCUUUUAAAAUUUAAUUUAUCAAUUUAUCGUUUGGGUUUUUAUUAUUUUGUGUUUAAACAUUACAUAAAUGUAUAAUUUGUAUUAAUGUAUCCAUUCCUAUAAAUAUUUUAUUAUACCUAGAAGUAAUUUUUAUUAUUAUCAUUAGUCCAAAUUAUUUUUUACUCAUUGUUACUAUUUUAUUAAAUGUGAAUAAACAUUAUAAUAAGUUACUUUUUUUUUUUUUUUGUCAAUAUAUAUUUUACUAUUUAUUAAGUGACUUCACAUUUUUUCACUCCGAAAGUGUAAUCACUGGACUGGAUUUAAUUGUACGUGUGAACAAAAUGUGUUAUUAUUCUUCAAUUUCAAAUAAAAUUAAUUCCUAUUCUAA